CUCUUCUUUGUUAAAAUAUGGGCACUGUAAUGCUCCUUGUAGCUGUAUCAUGAAUCACAAAAGCAGCUGCCCUUUAACUGGAUGUGGCUAACAUUAUGGACGUUAUCCAAUGUUUCACUCAUUUUUAGGUUUCUCAUGUUUCCUUUUCUGUCAUUCAAACUUUCAGAUACGGAGAUUUGUGACUUUGGCUGGCACAAGUUUCAGAGCCACUGCUAUAAGUACUUCACACACCGGCGGACAUGGGAAGCAGCGGAAAGAGCGUGUCGUCUGCAGGGCGGUCACCUCACCAGUGUCCUGUCCCAUGAAGAGCAGCUCUUUGUUAAUCGUUUGGGGCAUGACUAUCAGUGGAUUGGACUGAAUGAUAAAAUGUUUGACAAUGAUUUCCGCUGGACAGAUGGACACCCUAUGCAAUUUGAGCACUGGAGAGUGGGUCAGCCGGACAGCUUCUUCUCCAUCGGUGAGGACUGCGUGGUGAUGAUCUGGCACGAGCGUGGUCAGUGGAACGAUGUGCCAUGCAAUUAUCACCUGACCUUCACUUGCAAGAAGGGCACAGUGUCCUGCGGUCAGCCUCCUGUCAUAAAGGAUGCCCAUAUCUAUGGCGGAAUUAAGCCGCGGUAUGAAAUCAACUCUCUGGUUAGGUACCACUGCAAGGACGGUUUCAUCCAAAGACACAUUCCCACUAUCAGAUGCCGAGAAGACGGCCACUGGGACAAGCCCAAAAUCAUGUGCUUGAAACCAUCUACCUACCAGAUGUAUGCUCACAAAAAUCAAAACAACAACAAUUACAACAACAGUAAGAGACGCUACAGUGAGUCGACGGAGGACCGUCAUCGCUGGUCAAAAACAGCAGAUGACUCCACACACUGAUCUCCAUCUACAGACCUACAGAUGCUUUACAUCUACAGAGAAACUCUUUAGUCUAAAGGACUGAAGCCAAACCAUGUGCCUGAUGAAUGUUUUAGAACCGAGAAGUGAAUUUCCCUGAGGGACUGCAUAAAACACCAUCACCCACCCACUGAGAGCAUACUUUGACUAUGCAACAGUCUACAUUGCAUAUUGUAAUAAUGUCUUAAUGUUUUGACAUGGGAAGGGGGUUUCUGGUUGAAAUGUAUAUAGUAGAGAUAUUGAACAAGUAAAAACAGCUGUGAAAGGUGACUUUUUUAAUGUUUAUUUUUUAUUUUGUAUUAUUCAUUCGUAACUUUUGCUUACGAAGAACUGGACUUCCUGUUCUCUCUGACUUAAUAAGAGAGCACUAUGGUACGAGCAGAAUAUAAACAGAACAGUUAUAGUACUCAAGAGUAAAAGAACAAUAGGCUUUUAUUGUUUCACAUUGUGGUGAGUGGGGUUCAAAAGGGAUGUCACGGGGCUGGAGGACAAACAAUGCUGAAAGGACUGCAACUCAAAACAAUUUUUCAACAUCAUCUUCCUCUGCAGCAUCCUCACUAAUUAUGAGGAUUACUCAGAUAAUAUUCAACCAUUGUACACUCUCAUAAUCAUAUUCUCAUAUGGCAUCAAAUACAUAUUUUCAUUUUUUUUUUAUGUUGGUUUGUAAUGUAACAAUUUUUACUUUUUAAAAUGAAUGUCAUGGUAAAAUAUGAAAAUAUGUAUACUGUAUGUGUGGUCGAAUGAACUAGCAUUUUUGUCAGAUAUUAUUACAAAUGUUACACGAAGCCAUAGUAGUUUAAUUUAUUGCCGAAGAUACAUAUAGCGAUGAAUGGACUGUGAGAUUUUGAAUAAUAAAGCGCUAUUAGAAUAUAAUGAACACGUU